CCUCCUCUUCUUCCUUGCGUCACUGCCGCUGCCAGCCGGAACGGUCCUCAGUUUGCUGGCAGCAAUGUCAGACUACAAUUUCAAGCCCGGGGGCUCUCUGAAGCUCAAGGGGAGUGUUCAGGAUGGUGGCAUUGUCAAGAAGAAGAAGAAAUCCAAGUCCAAGUCGACUUCGGAUGAUGCCAAACGCCGUGAGCGUGAAAAGGUGAAGGAAUUGCUCUUAAAGGACGAGGAAGGCUCCCCUCGAGACUCUCCGUCUGGGAGUGGCAGAAACUCUCCUGCUGUCGGGGGCUCAAAUGACAGAAAGACAGAUGCUGAGAAGCGCUUUGAAGAGGCACAGCGGCGCCGACUUGCCGAGAGAGUGGCCAAGAUGGCGAACAAAACCCACAAGGAUCGUGUUAACGAGUUUAAUACAAAACUUGAAGCUCUCAGUGAACACCAUGACAUUCCAAAGGUUGGACCCGGAUAAGACAUUUCCACGUUCUUACUGUCUGGAAAGGGUCUCUUGGACUUCCCGCAGAUUCGAGAAGCUGCACUGUUGAUGUUGCUUUGAGACAUGCCUGAUGUUCUGUUGUGUCUAUACAUCAGAUUCCCUGUAUAAUACAUUUCCAGUGUCUGAAAUUACGAUCGCGAGGCGCCGCUAUUGUAACUUGUUUGUUGUAAUGACUUGGAUAUAAGUAGGCACGGAUAUGCG